CGCAGACCAUCAUCUGUUCAGUCACAGCUCCUCCUGUCGCCGGGUCCAUGCUCCCUACGCUCUAUACGUGGCCGAAAGAAGGUUACAACCAGGGCGCUCAGGAUACCUCCUUUGCUUGACUGUUCACUGUCGUCCUUCCAAACCUGGAGCUCUCUGCGCACACGAAUUUGGCACUCACGAAGCUUAAACUGGGCUAAUCUGGACAAGGAAAUGGGCAAGCUCAUCCUCGACGACCGUGAUCCUGCUAUUUCCUAUAGUCCAGGCCAUUGGAGACAUGAAGGCAUGCACCUGGAGUACCAACAUACCACCUCUGCAACUUCUGUGGAAGGUGCAUCAGCGACGAUAACCUUUUACGGCACAGGCAUCACGGUGCUAGGAACGCUAGGACAAUCAUCAGAUCCCCGAAAUGCCCCAGUAUCCACCUACGAACUCGACUCCAACUCUCUGUCGGCCGUACCACCACGUACGUUCUCAGGGCGGCUCCUCCCCGACCGCGUACAAUACCACGUCAAAUUCUACGAAGUCACGCGGCUGCCGUAUGGACGCCAUACGCUGGUUAUCACCAACGAGUCUGGGAGCGGGACGGUUUGGCUGGACGAGAUUCACGUACUGGGAGCCAAGGCUGUUCCGGAUUUCGAGUUGAGCACUUUUCUCCUCGGGGAUCAUACUAGUACUAGUGGUAGUGGUGGUGCUGAGGGAAGGAUGAAGGAGAUUGGGAGGUUUGCUGCGUAUCGUUCUAUGGAGUUGAUGAUAUUUUGGGCGUUCAUACUGGUGCUUUUGAUAACUGUUCUUGCGCGAAAGGCAAAGUCCAUUCGGGAGAGGCUGAGGAGGACGAGGGAGUGGGAUUAUGAAGCGAAUCAGGGGAGAUACAGGUGGUUCACAUUGUCCGGUGUACUAGGUAUCCGAGAGGACAGUCGCUAG